ACACUAGUGACACUCACUACUGACAAUUGGUAGAUUCAAAAUUUGAAAGUGGUCAAGAAAAGAAAAUUUGUAAACCCAGAAGAGAAAAACCUCGUCUUUCUUCUUCUUCUUCUUCUUCUUCACACUACUCUUCUCUGCUUUAUCAUCUUCUUCUUCUUCAACUUGCACACACAAGUGGUCGAGUUUCUACGAACAAUGGCUCCCAAAACGAUGGAACCUCACGAAUCUGAAGAAGACUCGGAAUUGGAGAGGUUGGAGUCUGAUUUGAAGCAAAUGGCGCACAGGAUUCUCGAUUACCGAACAAAGCUUCCGGAUCAGCUCAACGCCACGCUCCGUUCGAUUCUCGAUGCCCAAAGACCCUUUCUUUCACCGGGUACAUCAGAGCAAAAUAUUUCUAGAGAAGAAAGUUCAUCUGCUCCAGAAGAUCCAGAGACUGCCAAAAAACUAAAAUUGCUGAAUGAAAAGAUCUCAAGCAAUUGCUCUGCUAUGCCAAUUGUUUUGAAAAGGAUGAAAGACUGCAUUGCCAGAAUCGAGAAGUUUGAUUCAUACAAUGAUUCAAUGAUACAUCCGGCCUUCAAAAGGAAGAAGACUGGAUAGUCAAGUUAUGAUGUAUCAUAAUUAUGUUAUUUAUCUGAACAUCUAAGAAUACAGUAAUCCAGCAUUUAUCAACUUGGAUUUGUUCAAUGAAGCCAGGUGUUCACAUUUUCCUUAUGCUGCAAGUAGGAAGAAAGCUUCGUUUCAGAUGUAUAAUGUAUUACGUUGUUUGGUCCUUUGUGGUAAUAUUUUGAAAAGCAUCCCCUGCCUGCAGGACACGGAGUGAGACAGUGAAGGAUAAGACAGGAUGUUGUAUAGUCCCUGCCCCUUUGUAUUAGCUGCUUGAGGCUUGAGCAUAUUAAUUGUAUGUAAAAAAUUUCUUGCGUUGAACAUAUUCAUUUGUCCUAUUGUAAGCUUGAUCAAUUGAAGAGUUAGCCACCUCAAUAUACCCAAUUUAAGGUGGUCAUUGCUAUAAACACACUUUCAUUGGCUAUAUGAUUGUUUGCUGUCUCUGACUUGAUUGUUUACGUUUUUUGGUCAAGUAUCAUUUGGUUUC